AUGAAGAUCAGCGCUAUUGCCUCUUCCCUGCUCUGCCUGGCGGCUGCCCAGCUUGUCGCCGCAGACGCCGACACCACCUCCACCUCGACGGUGACUACUUUCCUCACUCGGACGCUGGUUCACGUUGACACCGUGACCUCGUCGAGCGCGUCGACCACGUCCGCACCUCUGAUUCCCACCCACGCGCCCAGCGCUCCUAGCAGCUCGGUGGCUGUCAGCUCCUCUGCCGUCCCGACCUCGCUCGUCGUCGCUCCUUCGGCCAGUGCCUCGGCCACCGCGUCUUCCGUUUUCACCGGCGCCGGUAACGUCAACACCGCUGGCAUGCCUGUUGCGCUUGUCGCCGGAUCUCUGGCUCUGAUCAUGGGCGCUCUGUGA